GGGAGGAGUCGGCAUGACGUCACGAACGUGAAGCCAACGCGCUAUUGGUCCGCUGUCUCCCCUCCCCCCUUAGACCCAAAACAUCAGUCAGCUGAUCUUGUGGACGUGCAUACAAUGCCUCCGUCUGGGCCACACCAGACUCACCGCACACCUGCACCGCCUGCACCUGGCCCCUACCCUCACUGCCCUUGGUGCAGUACAGUCCCCGAGACCAUCGAACACCUGCUGCAGUGUCCACGCUUCCACUCACACCGAGUACUGCUGUGAAGCCAACUGGCCUUCCUAGACGUGACCACCUUUGACCUGCCAACGCUGCUGGCCGCCCUCACGGCAGGAAGCUGUGAUUCGCCUCACCUGCGCCUUCCUCAAGAAGACGGGGCAGCUGUCACGCCUGUGAAACCCUCAUGCACAGGACGUCACCAGGGCUCAUAAGAUCAACUAGAUCAUCGCGGCCCUUAACAGCAACAUACAAUGCCUGCCUGUUCAGCUUAUGGCUGUACCAAAAGGGAUCGUAGUGGAUCUACAUCAUUUCACAGGUUCCCUAGAGAUGAAGUGUUGCGGAGGAAGUGGAUACUGGCCACACGUAGGCUAAAUUUUAAUCCCUCUAGAUCGGCAGUGCUUUGCUCUAGACAUUUUGUGGAAGAAGAUUUUGACAGGACCACACCAAAUUAUACUUUCAAAAUUACCCAUGGUGUCUUCAGUCUCUCCUGA